AUGCCAGAUGCAAAUGCCUUGUCGAUCCUGGAGGCAUGGAAGAAUGUGAAACUAGAAGGAUUCUUAAACGACUUGCAAGCACAAACAGGCACCAUUGCAGAUGCACAAAAGGAAGCUCUGCUUGCGCGCAAGAAUUUAGCUGACCGAACGCGCGAGUUCAAGCGACAGGCUCCUGAAACACAACUGGAAGGUAUCCGUGGUCUUCUAAAGUCAUAUCAAUCACAAAUUGAUGCUCUCACAACUCGUGCUAAGCAAGCUGAGACAAUUGUUCUUGACGCGCAUGCUCGUCUUGGUCAAGUUCGCGAUCCAUCGCCUCUGUUGGAUAUUCUGCGCGAACAAAUCUCUGAGGCACAAGAUGGGGCUGAGCUCCGAAAAAAGUAUGCACAUCUCUGGACCGAGCGUAAUGAACUUGAGCAGCGGUAUACAGAGUCCGAAGCACGCGCAGUUACUCUAAGCGAGCAGGCAGUGCAGGCGUCCACACAUGCUGAACAGAUGAUUGCUGAUGCUGUAGCGGCAGCAACGCGUCGUGCCGCCGAGAAACAAGAGAGUCUCGAGCGCGAGCUUGUUGCUACCCAAAACCAUUUAACCGAAUUGCGUGCGAGUCACGAACAGCUUACGCAGCAGCUCCUUGCCCCACGCGCUUCUAACCAGGACUCGCAGCACAUGGAAAGCGUCUUGAUCGAUUUGCAGCGUGCAAAUGAGCGAGCUAUUCAGGCUGAGCAACGUAUGGCUUUUUUGCGUGACGAGACAGAAAAGGCCCAGGCGAGUGCUACUGACUCAUUUUCUCGGCGUGUUGCGGCGCUUGAACAGCGUAUGCAGCAACAAGUUCAAGCGCACAGUCAGCAGGUGAAAGCCUUGGAACUUGCUCGCCAAGCGGCGCAAGAGGAGGCGGCAAAGCAAAACGAUGCGCAACUGCAGCGCCUCAACGCAACACUCGAUGAAUGUGCUCAAAUCCGAAAAGCUUUGGAGCAGCGAUCAGAUUAUGAUGAGAUUAAACGCGAAUUGGAUGUGCUACGAGCCGUGGAAUUUGCAGGUGAUGAAGCUAUGUCGGAUGCUGUCGAAGACAAUGCAUCCUCGCUAGAAGCCCACUUGGUAAGGCGAAAUCACAAACUGCAGGAUGAAGUUGCGACACUUCGGGCUACAUUAGCCGAUACAAAGCGCUCAGCGGACUCGUUGCGAGAAGACUUGUCUGGACAAUUGCAGCGUGUUUCUGAGCUAUCAGCGGCAAAUGCAAAACUCGAGAAGGAUUUAUUAGACUUCUCGCCUAAUGGGCCAGUGCAAUCUGACAUGAAAGACUUGCUUCCUAUUGUCACAGGCCAGCGUGACCGGUUCCGUUCGAGAAAUGCGCAACUGGAAGAGAGUAUGCGACAACAGAACCAGGUCAUUAGCGAAUUGCGCACAGAAGUCAAACGGUUGCAGACGGACAAUGUGAGUAUGUACGAAAAAGUACGGUACUUGCAAGGCUACAGCCAGCAUCAGCGCACAGAUUCUGCGUACCCUCCUUACAAACCCGUGGAGGCUGAAGAGGCUUAUCGUGUAACGUACGAAGCAUCUAUUCAUCCAUUUGAGGCUUUUCGAGGUCGGGUACGUGAGCCUGUAUUUUUUAUUUUCGCCCUCUUUUUUUCUAACUAUUAG